GUGUGGAAGACUAACUCACAGGUGUCCCCUUGGAAAUAUUAUGUGUCUGGGGAGUUUAGUUGUCUUGGAUGCAGUAUCACUUCAGUCAGCCAGAGGCAGAGAGCAGAGGACCAACACCCGGCAGAGAGAAAGACGACAUCCUCGCUUCGACCUCAGUGUACCCGUGGAUGAUCCACAUGGCGGGCCUGGCAGCUCUGUGCCUGCUGCUGGUGUUUCCACUGAGCAGCUCCCAGAGCACCCUGCAGUCUGAGCAGGAGAUCAACGCCCAUCAGGCUCCGGCAGCAGCACCUCCUCCUCCAGCACACAUAAGGGACCUUCUUAGCAAACAGGAAACCACUCACUUAAAUGCAAUGCGGACAUACAGCCAUGUUGACAAAGAUAAUGCCAAAGUAGGUCUGUUCAUCGCUGCAGCCAUGGGAACCUUCACUCUGAUGGGUGCAGUUUACUGUAUCUACAACAAGUUCUACACCAAACAGCAGUACCUGCACACCCAGCUUAACAAUGACCCAGAUUUGACCACAGACCCAAUGGACCCUCCGCCUGUGUUUUUUCACGCCUCUGUUGACUCCAGUGCAGUAGAUGUGCGGAGAGCUGGUUACGGCUCGCUCUCGGACACUCCAUCCAUCAUCUCUGUCCCACCCAGCCUGUCCCCCCCUCCCUCUGCCAUGCCCUUCCCUCCCCUCUUCCUCUCCUCUCACUCUCUGAGAACUAUAUCAGCUAAGGAUCUGGAGAAGAGCUGUAUCUGAUACACAAAGCUUAGUAAGCAGUCUGACACCUUUGAAUGACGUUAAGAAGAAGUAGUUGCUAUUUGAAUGUACACGUUGUUUAUCAUUAUCUGUACACGUUAGACACAUUUUUAAUCUUUGUGGGGCAAAUGAUGCUGAAAAUGUUUUCUUAUGAAAACAAUGCAUGAGUUUCAAACCUGGGGAAUGGGUUCAAACAUACAACCUUACCCAGUGGAGGUUUGAGACCAAUAGGAAAACGCAAAAAGAAGAGACGAGACCUCCUGACCCAUAGGCCUCUCACUGCCCAUAAACACCAUAGUUUGCCACAAAUCUGCCCUAAAUAUUUGCCUGUGUAUCACAACUAUAUGUAUGAGCUGUAGUAUUUUGUGCUGUAUGUUUUUACAGUAACAAUAUGAACCAGAUAUUCUCUGCACUUUAUCCAGUACUGUCCAUCCUCUCAGUAGUCGUCCAGUGUGGUACCACAAAAUAAACAGUCCAGUGACGAAAUAAAUGCUCAUUCCAA